CAGCACCAUGUGUCACGUACUAAGAGGCAGAGAAACACGCGUAGAAACAGAUUUUUAUUCUGUAAAAAGUCUUAUAAAAUGAAUAGUGUACAAAAAUAAAGUUUGCAGAGAGCUUUGGUUCUGGAACACGAAACGACAGAAAGCAAAUCCUUCACACUGAGGACUCGUUCACAUGUUUACUUUCCCUUUGCAAGCCUCUUUUCUGCUGAUUAGUUCUCCCUUUUGCAGCCGAUUUCCUAUUUUAGUUGCACCUCAGGGUCCUCAAAUACAGACAAAAUGCAUGAUGGUUUGCCAUCACGUGGUCGUAAUACUGUACAUCAAUUCUGACACAAGCAGCAACCCGAACGUAAGCGUGACAGUCUUCACUAGAUGACUAAUGAACAAAGAAAAAUAGGGGACACUUGAGUUUGUGCUGUUUACAGCAGGGGUUCACAAAACCUGGAGGGUGGGGGGGGGUUCUUAGAGAAUAGUUGUCUUUUCCACAAAGAAAGCAUAAUAGGAUAAACGUAUGUUUAAAAUUCAUUCGUUCAACUGAUUUUCAUUCUUUGUUAACUUUUGACUUCAAUAUAAUAUUACAACUACGUUGGGAAAAAUAAAAUGUUAUUCUCAUGAGAGGACUCAUUUUUAUCUAGGCAGACUUUAUUUUCAGAAUAUUACAACUAUUUUUUUCCAAUACAAAAACCCUGAAUUGACAAUUAUGACAUGUAUGGUAUUUAUGUGUAAUUAGUGUUACGAUUAUAAUUUAUUUCUUGUUUUUUUUCCCCCCUUGGACCCAAGAAGUUUGAGAACCCCUGGUGGAAAGAAGCGGGACGCAUACGAUGGGCUUCUGGGAAGUCUCCAAAGUUGUCAUCUGGAAAAAAAAAACUUGUGGACCAAGCAGGGAAGAUGAUCCAAUUGAUGAGUGUGCAGCAGCUCACCGAUGCCUCCCCUGUAUGACUUCAAUCUCCCACUUUGGGAUUAGAGACCGAAGAGACGCAAGCUUCAUAAUCUCUGCACAAGAAAAAAAAAAACCCAAAAGAAAUGGACCGGCAACACAGUUUCUAUCGGCAGGUGGAUGUCCAGGACCACGUCCACUACAUUGUCGCUUUUUUUGUCCUCGUGAUCGGAACAGUGGGUGUGACCGGAAAUGCCUUAGUCAUGUACGCCUUUUUCUGUAACAAGAAGCUACGCACUCCUCCCAAUUUUUUCAUCAUGAACCUGGCCGUCAGCGACUUCCUCAUGGCCAUCACUCAGUCGCCCAUCUUCUUUGUCAACUCCCUCUACAAGGGCUGGAUUUUUGGGGAAACGGGUUGUAAAAUGUACGCCUUCUGCGGAGCCUUAUUCGGAAUCACGUCCAUGAUCAACCUUCUGGCCAUCUCUGUGGAUCGCUACAUCGUCAUCACCAAGCCUCUGCGGGCCUUACACUGGACCUCAAAGCGACGCACUUGCUUCAUCAUUUGUUUGGUGUGGCUGUACUCGCUGGCCUGGAGCCUGGCACCACUUCUGGGGUGGAGUUCUUACAUACCAGAAGGCCUGAUGACCUCGUGCACGUGGGACUACGUCACGUCGACUCCCGCCAAUAAAAGCUACACUUUAAUGCUGUGCUGCUUUGUCUUCUUCAUCCCACUGGGCAUCAUCUCCUACUGCUAUCUGUGCAUGUUCCUGGCGACUCGCCGCGCCAGCAGGGAAGUGGAGAAGUUGGGCUCUCAGGUGAGGAAGUCAACGCUGAUCCAGCAGCAGACCAUCAAGACCGAGUGGAAGUUGGCCAAGAUUGCCUUUGUUGUGAUCAUCGUGUUUGUGCUCUCCUGGUCACCCUACGCGUGUGUCACACUCAUUGCGUGGGCGGGAUAUGCAAGCGUCCUGAACCCCUACUCCAAAGCCGUCCCGGCGGUUAUUGCCAAGGCCUCAGCCAUCUACAACCCUUUCAUCUAUGCCAUCAUUCACUCGAAAUACAGGGACACUCUCGCCGAAAAAGUCCCCUGUCUACACUUCCUCGGCCAGGCCCCCCGGAGGGACGCCAUGUCAAUGUCACAGAGCCAAUCCUCCUUCAGGGACUCGGUGUUAAGCAGACAAUCGUCUGCCUCCAAAAAUACGUUUCUACAGGUUUCCUCGUCUUUAUCCACAAUGGACACUCAGGUUUGCAGUGAUGUGGAGCUGGAUCCAAUGGACCAGAACCCUUGUCUGAGGUCCAGCUAUUCCCUCGGGGCGCUGAAGAAAAAGGAUCAACGUCAAGACAAAAGACCGCAAUGAUCGCGCAGACCCCUAUCGUAGAGCCAAGCGCACUCCAAACACGUGGCCUGAGUCACUGUUCCACUCCAGGCUCGGUGGAGGGGAAAAGGGAGGAGGCGGAGCCUGAUGACAAGUACUUGGUCUUCUUCAAGGGACAUACGUGAACCAAGGAGGGCCACAGCAAGCCCAGAGGGAAGGAGAAGCGAAAGUCACGCCGGCUCCCGUCCAGCCAGACUCUUUGGAAAACACUGUGUGUGUCCAUUCCCACACCAUCAAAGACACAGCUGCCGGACUCUGUGGAAAAACAAAGAUGCGAUCUUGACUUGAUUUAUUACUGUCCAGUCUGGAUUGUUAAAGCCAAGUCUUGGAGUCCGGGGAACAUUUUUUUUCCCCCCUCGCCAGCACCCCCCAAGUUAAACUUCGAAUACUGUACUAGAUUUCCUCAAAUCGUGAGCGCCACAGUCAUCUCGAAGCCUAACUUAAUUGAUUGACACAGCAUGGUCCAAAAGACACAAUGCGGAUUUUGUUUGCUAUCAAUUGACAGAAUUAGGACAAUGCAUCAUGGCAGCUGAAAAGAAAAAAAAAAAAAGGCAUGGAAUUGGAUAUCUUCAGAGUGGAAUCAGGCCUCUUCCAAAAGAUCCAAUUCCGAUAUGUAUCGGAUUCCCGCCAACGUCAGUUGGAUCAGAUAUACCCCGUAAAUGCCAGUUACACGUCAUCAAAACUGAUGACCCUACCGCAUACGUGCGCGUUUGCUCAAACGCUUCCAAUAAACACAUCCAAAAACA